AUGAAGGCGCUGCAGCUGCUGGCCGCCGCCCCGUUUGCGGGCCUGCUGCUUUCCAGCGGAGCUUUCGCUGCUUCUGCCAGCAGAGCUGCUGCUGCAGCAGCAGCAGAAGCCAAGACUCCGGCGCAGGCUGCAGCAGAAGGGCUGCAGGCUGUGGGGGAGCUGUUCAAGUUUCUGGGCGAGGAGAGCAACAGUCUGAACUCGCGGCUCGACGCCGUCUCGGACUUCAUAAAGUUUUUGCUGCGGGAACUGCAGCCCGAGGGCACUUCUGCUUCUUUCGAGCAAACAAUUGCAGCUUUCGACGCAGCAAUUGAAGGCGAAAAGGACUUCAACGACGCCGUGGACCAAAUGGAAGAACUUGCUGCGGAAAUCCGCGAGAAAAAUCCCGAAAAAGACUCCGAAAUGCGUCAAAAAAUGCGAAGUUUGGCGGAAAAACUCCGCAGCAUCACCGCAAAGACCACCAGCAGCUCCAUGGCCGCCUUCGGCGUCGAUGUCAGUGACCUCGUGCUGCCCGGCGUGGGCUCUUACGUGGACUACAUGGUGGAGAAGCAUGCAGAGCCGAUUGUAAACAAGUUUGAAGACUGCAUGUGA